ACCAUAUACACUCCCCCUCGGUCUCCCCGCGAGAAAGUUCUCUCUUAAGAGAUGAAGCCACUUCAUUAUUCACCGUCUCACUGACUAGUUGCUCGUCCAUCGCCCGAGGAAGGAGACGGAGCAUCCCGAUCGACGGCCGGAAUUCUUGUAAACAGUUUCAUGGCUGCCCCAUCAGCACCAAAUUCGGUUCAGAAAUCGGAGGAAGAGUGGCGGGUUAUACUCUCUCCGGAGCAGUUUCGCAUUCUUCGCCAGAAAGGAACUGAGCUUCGAGGCACUGGGAAAUAUGACAAGUUUUAUGAAGAAGGAAUAUACAACUGUGCUGGCUGUGGAACCCCACUUUAUAAGUCCAGCACCAAAUUCAAUUCCGGCUGUGGCUGGCCUGCUUUCUUUGAGGGCUUUCCUGGAGCAAUCAAUCGUUUUCCCGACCCUGAUGGAAGGCGAACUGAAAUAACUUGUGCUGCAUGUGGGGGGCAUUUGGGUCACGUUUUUAAAGGCGAGGGAUUCGGGACACCUACAGAUGAACGCCAUUGUGUCAACAGCAUUUCGGUCAAGUUCGCUCCUGCUAAUGCUUCACAGUGAAGCCUUUCAGAGGUAUUCCUAAGCUCGGUGUGUAUUGUAGAAUUGCUUUGGCAAAGAUUGAUAUGUUCAGCAUGACGUUGCUAAUAAAGAUGUAAACCUAAGUAUGGGUAUUGUUAUAUGAUGACCACAUCUGAAACUUAUUUAUAAGUUCUACUAGUCUUCUGAAA